AUGGGGUCUGUCACCGGAGCUGUCCUCAAGACGCUACUUCUGCUGUCUACUCCAAACUGGAACAGGGUUUUAGCUGGGAAUUCCUAUAAUUGUGAUGCCCCUCUGGUGUCUCCCUUGUCUCAAGCAUCAUUCAGCAGUUCUUCUGAGCUCUCUAGCAGUCAUGGUCCUGGGUUUGCAAGGCUAAACCGAAGAGAUGGAGCUGGUGGCUGGUCUCCACUUGUGUCAAAUAAAUACCAGUGGUUGCAGAUUGACCUUGGAGAGAGAAUGGAGAUCACUGCCGUGGCCACCCAAGGAGGAUAUGGGAGCUCCAACUGGGUGACCAGCUACCUCCUGAUGUUCAGCGACAGCGGCAGGAACUGGAAGCAGUAUCGCCAGGAGGACAGCAUCUGGGGAUUUGUAGGAAAUGGAAACGCAGAUAGUGUUGUGUACUAUAGACUCCAGCCUUCUAUCAAAGCCAGAUUUCUGCGCUUCAUCCCUCUAGAGUGGAACCCCAAGGGCAGAAUUGGAAUGCGAAUCGAGGUGUUUGGAUGUGCAUAUAGAUCAGAGGUGGUUGAUCUUGAUGGAAAAAGUUGCCUUCUCUACAGACUUGAUAAAAAAUCUCUGAGCCCGAUAAAGGAUGUAAUUUCUUUGAAAUUUAAAACCAUGCAGAGUGAUGGGAUUCUACUCCACCGGGAAGGGCAAAAUGGAGAUCACAUCACACUGGAAUUAAGAAGAGGAAAACUCUUUUUGCUUAUUAAUUCAGGUAAAACUCUUUGGCCCGCGGCUGGCGCCCCGGCCGGGCUCGGCCUGGGCAGCCUGCUGGACGACCAGCAGUGGCACUCCGCGCUCAUCCAGCGCUGGGGCACAGAGGUCAACUUCACAGUGGACGAGCACAGGCGUCGCUUCCGCGCCCGGGGCGAGCUCAGCGACCUGCGUCUCGGUCAUGAGAUCAGCUUUGGAGGGAUUCCAGCACCUGGAAAAUCAGUGUCAUUCCCCCAUAAACACUUUCAUGGGUGUUUAGAAAAUCUCUUUUACAAUGGAGUGGAUAUCAUUGAUUUGGCCAAGCGACAAGACCCACAGAUGAUCGUUAUGGGAAAUGUGUCGUUUUCUUGCUCACAACCGCAGUCUGUGCCUGUGACUUUUCUGAGCCCCAGGAGUUACUUGGCACUGCCGGGCUCUUUCGCGGAGGACGAGAUUUCUGCCACUUUUCAAUUUCGAACCUGGAAUAAGGCUGGGCUCCUGUUAUUCACGGAGCUUCAGCUGGUUUCAGGGGGUCUUCUCCUCUUUCUUAAUGAUGGAAAACUUAAGCUGCAUCUCUACCAUCCAGGAAAAUUACCCAGUGACAUCACAGCAGGUGUUGGAUUAAAUGAUGGACAGUGGCAUUCCGUCUCCUUAUCUGCCGAAAGGAAUUACCUGAGUGUGAUGGUCGAUGGCCAAGUGGCUUCUGCAUCCCCCUCCCAGGGCCCUGAGCAGAUUUACUCAGGGGGCACCUUUUAUAUUGGAGGUUGUCCUGACAGCAGCUUUGGAUCCAAAUGUAAAAGUCCACUCGGUGGGUUCCAGGGAUGCAUGAGACUCAUCUCCAUCCGUCACGAGGUGGUAGAUCUGAUUUCAGUUCAGCGGGGGGCCCUUGGGAACUUCAGCGACCUUCAGAUAGACUCCUGUGGAAUCACAGACAGGUGUUUGCCGAACUAUUGUGAACACGGCGGUGAGUGCUCCCAGUCCUGGGACACCUUUCAUUGCAACUGUGCAAACACGGGGUACAGGGGAGCGACAUGCCACAACUCUAUCUACGAGCAGUCAUGUGAAGCCUAUAAGCAUAAAGGAAAUACUUCAGGGUUUUACUACAUAGAUGCAGAUGGAAGUGGUCCCCUUGAACCAUUUCUUCUAUAUUGCAAUAUGACUGAAACUGCGUGGACCAUCCUACAGCACAAUGGCUCUGACGUCACAAGAGUCCGAAAUACCAGCCCAGAGCACCCCUACACUGGGCUUUUCGAGUAUGUGGCCAGCAUGGAGCAACUGCAGGCCACCAUCAACCGCGCAGACCACUGUGAGCAGGAGCUGACCUACUACUGCAAGAAGUCACGGCUCGUCAGCAAGGCAGAUGGAACCCCUCUGAGCUGGUGGGUUGGAAGAACCAAUGAAACACAAACUUACUGGGGAGGUUCUUUGCCUGAUCCUCAAAAAUGUACUUGUGGAUUGGAGGGGAACUGCGUUGAUUCUCAGUAUUACUGCAACUGUGAUGCUGACCGGAAUGAAUGGACCAACGACACUGGGUUCCUUUCUUAUAAAGAACAUCUGCCAGUGACUAAGCUUGUGAUCACAGACACUGGUCGGCCGCAUUCAGAAGCAGCUUAUAGGCUGGGGCCUCUGCUGUGCCGCGGAGACAAGUUAUUUUGGAAUUCAGCUUCCUUCAAUACCGAGGCAUCCUACCUCCAUUUUCCUACUUUCCAUGGAGAGCUGAGUGCAGAUGUGUCUUUCUUCUUCAAGACAACAGCUUCAUCUGGGGUGUUUUUAGAGAACCUGGGGAUUACUGACUUCAUACGGAUAGAGCUACGCUCUCCUGCAGUUGUGACGUUUUCGUUUGAUGUGGGAAAUGGGCCUUUGGAAAUCUCAGUGCAGUCACCCACUCACUUCAACGACAACAAGUGGCACUACGUCAGGGUUGAGAGGAACAUGAAGGAGGCCUCAGUUCAAGUGGAUCAGCUCUCACCAAGGAUGCAGCCGGCCCCGGCAGAUGGGCAUGUCCUCCUGCAGCUCAACAGUCAGCUCUUCGUGGGUGGAACGGCCACCCGGCAGAGGGGCUUCCUGGGCUGCAUUCGGUCUCUGCAGUUGAACGGAGAGGCCCUGGACCUGGAAGACAGAGCCAGGGUGACUCCGGGAGUGGAGCCGGGGUGCGCAGGGCACUGCAGCAGUUACGGAAGGCUGUGCCGCCACGGGGGCGCAUGCAGGGAGAAGCCCAGCGGGUUCUCCUGUGACUGCACCUCCUCCGCGUACGCCGGGCCCUUCUGCUCGGAUGAGAUUUCUGCCUAUUUUGGAUCUGGCUCAUCUGUGACUUACAAUUUUCAAGAAAAUUACUCCUUAAGUAAGAAUUCCAGCUCCCACGCAGCUUCGUUUCAUGGUGACACCAGGCUGAGCAGGGAAACGAUCAAGUUUAGCUUCCGCACAACACAGACGCCAAGCCUACUGCUCUAUCUGAGUUCCUUUUAUAAAGAGUACCUUUCCGUUAUCAUUGCCAAAAAUGGAAGUUUGCAGAUCAGGUACAAGCUAAAUAGAUAUCAAGAACCUGAUGUUGUUAACUUUGAUUUCAAAAACAUGGCUGAUGGGCAACUUCACCACGUACAGAUUAACAGAGAAGAAGCAGUGGUCUUUGUGGAGAUUGAUGAGAGCAUGAGGAGGCAAGUCCACCUGGCUUCAGGUACAGAACUCAGUGCAGUCAGAUCCCUUGUACUGGGCAGGAUUAUAGGACACAGCGACGUGGACCAGGAGACAGCGCUGGCGGGCGCGCAGGGCUUCCUGGGCUGUCUGUCUGCUGUGCAGGUCGGCCACGUGGCUCCGCUGAAGGCCGCUCUGCAGCCCCGCCGCCCCGCCCCCAUCACUGUCUCAGGACACGUGACGGAGUCCAGCUGCGUGGCCCAGGCUGGCACUGAUGCCACAUCUAGGGAGAGGACACACUCCUUUGCAGAUCAUUCUGGAACAAGAGAUGACAGAGAACCCCUCACUAAUACAAUCAAAAGUGACUCUGCAGUCAUUGGAGGUUUGAUAGCUGUUGUGAUCUUUAUCUUGCUGUGCAUCACUGCCAUAGCUGUCCGCAUUUAUCAGCAGAAAAGGUUAUACAAAAGAAAUGAGGCAAAAAGGUCAGAGAAUGUAGACAAUGCUGAGGCUGUUUUGAAAAGUGAGCUUAAUAUACAAAAUGCAGUCGGUGAAAAUCAGAAAGAGUACUUCUUCUGA